AUGCAGGAGCAGGACCUUUUGAUCAUCGUCCUGUUGCUCGAGCGCAACUUUCUCCAGCUGGCCUACUACCUCGUCUACGACCGCAGCGACGCAUCCCUCUCCAUGGUCAGCUGGGAGCCAGAUUCAGCCAUCGCUAUGUUUAGGGCCUUCGCCAAGCGCACCUCCUACGGCGCUUACCAGCUGUUCUUCUUGGCUUGUGAGCCUGAUGAUGGCCGGCUGCCCCUGGCUUCGAACACGGAUCCGCCGCCCUUUCUCUGCGUGUUCUCUCCGGUGACUGGGACGAACCAAACUUGUGCGUGGGAGAUGAGGAGGACAUUGAGGUGGAACAUGCCGGCAAGGGCUUCUGGACCGAUCUCCUCUUUUCAAGGCAAGGGCUUCUGGGCCGAUCUCUCGCAAGCCCUCAUCUACUGCGACCUGCACACCGCCAGUGACGACUCUGCCGUGGAUUUCAGCUGGAUUGAGUUGCCUGGCGAGUGCCAGCUUAACUUGGAGGAGAUGUUGGACUGCCCUCAGCCGAUGAAGAAGGUGACCCGCACCAUAGCCUGCGUUGGGGAUUCCAUCUGGUUCGUCUGCAUUCGUCGCGGCAAGCACCAUACUGAUGACUCGGUGACGAUGUGGACUCUGGAACUGCCUGGGGGGCAGUGGAAGAAUGAGGCAAGGUUUCUUGUCAGAGACCUCUUGAGGUUCGACGGUUUCAAGGAGGCGGGGUUGCCAGAGGCGGAGUUGGGGUACCCUCUCCUCACGGCGGAUGUUUCCACUCAGAUGCUUGGGAAGCACAUUGCACAAAUACUAACAUAA